CCCGGGCUGCUUGUACCCCCGCCGCGGGGAGAGGCCGCCACCCCGCUGCACCCGCCUCCGGCUGUGUAAUGACGUCCAUGUUUUGCUCCACGCCAUCCCAUCAUCCUACAGGACAGGAAAGGAAAAUGACUGCGCUGGAAUCAGUUCAGGAGCCCAUGCCCUUCAAGGAGGUGGCUGUGUAUUUCACCUGGGAAGAGUGGGCUCUGCUGGACCCUGCUCAGAGAGCCCUCUACAGAGCCGUCAUGCGGGAGAACUACGAGAAUGUGACCUCCCUGGGCUGCGGAAUGACAUCCAUGUGUUGCUCCAGGCCAUCCCGCCUUCCUUUGGGACGGGGAAGGGAAAUGGCUGCAUUGGAAUUGGUUCAGGGGCCAGUGACCUUUGAAGAGGUGGCUGUGAAUUUCAGUGAAGAAGAGUGGACUUUGCUGGACCCAGGUCAGAGAUCCCUCUACAGAGACGUCAUGCAGGAGAACUAUGAGAACGUGACCUCACUGGACUUUCCAAUCUCCAGUCCUGAUGCAGUCUCCCAGCUGGUACCAGGGGAGGUCCCAGAUCUCCAGUGCACCAAGGAAAAAGACAUACUGAGAAGCUCCUACACAGGUUACAUGAGGGCGAGUGAGAAGAGAGAGCAGAAUUCUCAGCAAGAAGAUGCUGAGGGAGUAGAAGCACAUAAGAGAUUAUUGCCAAAAUCUAAAGGAAAUAUGUCCAGCAGUCACAAGCUUGGAAAAGUCUGUGAAGGCCAGUAUAGGCCAGAGAAACAGCAAGGAAAUCAGUCAGGGAAGAAAGCCAGUUUAUCCACCAGUUGUGGGAGAAUGCAAACACAAUUCAAGGAAUCCACAGCGCAGCAGAGAAUUCUCCUGGGAGAGACAGACAACCCAAGCACUACAUGUGGGGAAAACAUCAGGAGCCACACAGACCUUACUCACCAUGACACAAUCCUUACAAAAGAGAAACCCCAUAGAUGCAGUGAGUGCGGGAAAACCUUCACUCGGCGCGCCCAUCUUAUUGGACAUCAGAGACUCCACACUGGAGAGAGGCCCUAUGAAUGCAGCGAGUGUGGAAAAGCCUUCUUUCGGAGGCCACAGCUUAUUACACAUAUGAGACACCACUCAGGAGAGAGACCCUUUGAAUGCAGCGAGUGCAAGAAAAGAUUCACUAGGCGUUCACACCUUAUUACACAUCAGAGAAUCCACACGGGCGAGAGACCCUACGAAUGUCGUGAGUGCGGAAAAAGCUUUGUUUACAGUUCAUCCCUUAUUAAUCAUCAGAGAACUCACACAGGAGAGAGACCUUAUGAAUGUUCUGAAUGUGGGAAAACCUUCAGUGACAACUCAGUCUUUAGUAAACAUCAGUGGAUCCACAAAGCAAGGAGACCCUAUGAGUGCUCUGAAUGCCAGAAACGCUUCACUCGGCGGGCUGAUUUUAUUAGGCAUCAGAGGAUCCACACUGGGGAGAUACCCUGUAAAUGCUCCUUGUGUGGGAAAAGCUUCACUCAGACUUUACGUCUCAUUUACCAUCAGAGAAUCUGCAAGGGAGAUGAACAACAAAAAUCUUAUGGGCCGGUGACGGAGGAGGUGGCUGUGUCUUUCACCAGGGCAGAGUUGGCUCUGCUGGAUCCUACUCAGAGAGCCCUCUACAGAGCCAACAUGCAGGAGAAGCAUGAGAACAUGACCUUGCUGGUCACAGCUCUGCCAAGCUGCUCCAGCUAAUACCUGUGCUAUCCAGUCACCGCUACAGCUGCCCCAGUGCACACAGCUGGGGGGAAGGAGGAUAAAUGUUGGUAUUCCCCAUCUGUACAACACACGCAAUGACAUGUUCUUAGCCCUUCCUCGUGUCUGUUAUAGAUUGGUAGAUUUUAAGGCUAUUAGCUCAUCUCAGAUCUCCUGUAUCACACGGACCAUAGAAUUCCAUCCUGUCACCGCUGUCCUGAGCAGAGCACCUGGUGUCUGACUAAAUUACCUGCCAGAAAGGCCUCAAGCCUUCAAGUGCAGACCUCAUCAGGAGACCCCUCUACUUCCCAUGAUAGCUCAUAACCUCUGCACCAUUCUUAUACCCAGAGGCAGAUUAGGGAUUUGUGGGGUCCUGGGCCAGACCAAGUGAAGGCCCCUCCUGACUCCUGUCUACAUUUCCCAUCCACCUCUAUCCAUCCCAGGAUCCUCCUCGCUCUUCCCACCUGCCUGGUGCUCCUGUUGGAGAGAGGUUUAUGUGCAGAGGCUUGUCCCGCUCUGUCUGCCCAUCCUGUGCUCCUGCACAUAGACUUCCCUCCUUUGCCCGCCCACCCCCCAGACACUCCUGCCUGGCAGCCAUAGUGGGUCAGGGCAUGAGAUAAUAUAUUUUUCCUGGGCUGCUUAAUGAGCCAAUGUGACCCCUAACCACGUUCACAGUGGCUUUUGCCAGCUUCAGCGUUAGUGGAUGCAGGGUGGAGUGUACUUUAACUCUUCGUUUUCAGAAGUUUAAUAUAGCCCCCACUCCUAUGCUGGAAGGGCAUGAGGCAGCCUUGAGUAACCUUAACUGUAUUUAUGUAGUUUAUGGGCAUUUUAUUUUCUUGAUUUUGUAAUGCACUUUAUUUUGCCACUUUAACUGUACUUUUACUAUAUUUUGCUAUUAUUUCUGUUAAGGGUAUGAUUUUUUUUUCACAUGCCUAACCCAGAGGGCAAUGUUGGCAGUGCUUUUAAGCUUAGACCAGAUAAAAGUUUGCCUUUGGAUAAAAGAACUUUGGUAUCAGAUGGCAAAACUUCUAAAAGAAGCUCAUUCAAAAGGCAAUAAAAAUACACCACACGCUGUGUCCAAAAACUACUACUUGUGGGACUCAAAUUCAAUGCAUGGGUGUAGUUCAGGUACAAUCCCCAUAGCCUAUCCCCUCCUCCAGCCAGCCAAUUACUGUGCCGGCAGAUUGCUGGAUACUCUCUGAUUACUAACAGAGCCUCAGUCUUGCUGCAUGUCAGCAUUUCCAUCUCUUUGAUUUGUCAGUUGGACUCCUGCCAAUCUGAAAUCUACUCCCCCUCCGCCCUGCAGCACUCGUUGUCAGUCAGUGCCAUGUCCUAACUGAUGUAAAUGACAAGUGCCUGAGAUCAAUUGGGGGGACAAUUAAAACCUUAGUUCCAGCUGAGGUGUGACCAAAACGUCACAAGAGUCUGGUGUGUUAGUAAAUUGUGGCUUUUGGGAGGGAGUCCUGUAUUUCAGAAGUCCCUUGAUCAAUAAACCCAAAUUUCAACCAGUUGCCUUGUCUGGCAUGCCAGUAAAGAGUAGCAGAUUUCAAGACAAUGUGAGCACGCAUGUGUACUUCAUGGCAAUUAUAAUAAUCGUGCCAAACCAACCAAAUUCCUUUAAACAGGGUUACUGACCUAGUAGAUGGGGGAAUCAAAACAAUUGUAAUAAGGAGUCCUGGGGGUGGGACGACAGUUACAUUGUACACCAAACCAGUCACAAAGAGAAAUUCUGUUCUCCGUACUGGCUAACCCCCGCAGUGCCCUUCCCCCUCGCAGCUGCGGGGCCCUGCACGGCUAGGUGCAGCCCACCUGGGCACCCCCUGGCUGUGCGCCAGCGGUGGUGGCUGGGCAGCACAUGCGCUGUGCACCCUCCCAUGGAUCCUGGGGGCAGGCUCGCGCGUGUGCCUGUAGGCGGGCCCGCACACCCCGAGAGGGCAGGCUUGUGCAUGCGCUGUGCGCCCAGGGGUGGGCCCACACACCCUGGGAGCAGGCCCACACAUGCGCCAUAGCCCAGGACGGCACUGCCCGCACGGGGUGCCAAAAUGACUCAGGCUGGCCCCAUGUACAGAUAAGAGGUUAUGAAAACCAAUCAAAUGAAGUAUAAGAACUUCUGAUCCCAAAGGAUAAGCCACAUUUCUAGGGCAUCUUAUAACUUAGAAUCUUACCCCUAAACAUGUUGUUUUCAAUUCUUUAGAAUCCAAAAUCUAAAGGUUUAUUCAUGUACAGAAAGGAAGUGGGAGAGUUAACACUGUUAAAGGAAUCAAAUAGAACAAUUGCAAAGUUCUGGGUGCUGGCCUAUAGCAGUCAUGGAAUAAACAGCUGGUUUACGCAAAGUCUCUGGAGUACAUCCACAUUGGAUGGGUCAUCAGUCCUUUGUUCUGAGCUUCAGUUUAUACCAAAGACCCUCCACGGGUGAGAAGCAGGAUUGAAGACAAAAUGGAAGGAUUUCCAAGGCCUUCUAUAUAUCUUCCCUGCUGUGGAGGGAAUUUCAUUGUUCUUAUUGUGGAAAAGUACAGUUACAAGAUGGAAUUUGUUCCAUGAGCAAGUCACCUGUCCAGGCAAGACUCGGUUCUUUACAGGUUGAAACCAUGGCUCCAUGCUGGUCUGAACAUUCACACACAGUCUUAUAAGCUAAGGAUUGGCACCUCCUAAUGCCCAUUGCCUGUCAAGUAGUUCUAUUCAGCCUAAAAAGUCCAUUUACAGUGGGCUGGCCAGAUCUCCUAGUGAUGUCUCCCAGAAGCAAACUUUGGAAAUGCAAGUACCUAACCAAUACUCAUAACUUCAAAUACAAAAUUGAUGCACACACAUAAAUAAUAUAAGCAUAACUAGUAAACCAUGAGCUUUUUCAUAAACAUCUCACUGGAGACACUUUGUACAAGGUUUGUUGCCAACAUAUCACAGCAAUUGCAAUUGAUCUCUAAGUUUAUAUUAGAAGCCAAUAACAUCACAGUUGUUACAACUUGAUUUUGAGAAUAGUGAUCCAGCGCCACAUGACAUUUCAUAAGGAAGUGAGCAGAAUAUAGGGUAGAUAAACUAUGAUAUGAUGAGUGCACAGCUGUUUGAAAGACAGUACUCAGAGAGUACUUAUUAAUAGUUAGCCCUCCUAUUUCAAGGGUGUAUCUAAGUGAUCUCUAAGAAGUCAGCCCUGGGUUUGGUACUGUUCAAUAUUUUAACUGAUUGCAAGGAUAAUGGAGUGGAGAAUCUACCUAUAAAAAUUGUGACUGGCUCCAAGCUGGGAAGGUUGUGAGCACUUUGGAAUCUAAAAUCACUUUGACACACUGGGGAUUUGGUCUGAAACUAGAUAUGGUGAAACUAAGUAAAGGUAAGAGCAAAGUGCUCCACCUAGGAAGGAAGAAAUCAAAUGCACAAUUACAAAAUGUGAUCUACUUGGCUCCGAGUGGCAGCACCGCUGCAAAAGAUGUGAGUUGAUAGUGGAUAACAAAGUGAAUAUGAGUCUACCCUGUGAUUCAGUUGCAAAUACAGCUAAUGCCAUUAUUUGGUGGAAUACCAGGAGUAUCAGAUGGAAGAGAUGGGUGGUAAUUUUCCUGCUCUAUUUGGCACAGGGGAGUCUUCAGCUGGAGUACUGUGCCCUGUUCUUAGCAUCUUACUAUAAGUGUGAAAAUAUGAGCGUCGGGAAGAAAGCAACAAAAAUAAAAAAUGUAGCCAACUUUGCCUCCAGUGAAAGUUUUUUAAAGAAACAGGACAAUUUUAGUUUUGAAAAAAGAAAGCUGAGAGUUGAACCAGCUGAUGUUCAAAAAUGUUAUGGUGUCCUAUAAAAAGGAUGGUGCCAGUGUAGAGUCUUGGCUCAGUCUGCGGGAAAUGUAGGUGAAAUAGUAGGGGUAUGUUUCUAACUAGAAAGGGAGCUAAUUACUGAAAUAGGGACCCCCAUUGUCCUUGGUAACCUAUAAUAAUCUCACUUUCUAUAUAAAAAUUUUUUCUGACGUGACAGAAUGGCAUCAUCAGCAUCGACAAGCUCUCUCAGCAAAGCAAAAGCAGCUGGGGGGGGAGGGGGGAGCA